CUGUUUUUCUUGGCUGAUUAAUUAUAUGUGACUUCUACUUCUCCAACGACCUCUGCUGCCAUUUAAUGUUGUUGCUACUUUUACAACUUCUCUCUCUCUCUCCAUUCUUGGAGAGAGAGAGAGAGAGAGAGAGGAUGAUGAGAUAUAUAUAUAUAUAUAUGUAUGUAGAGAACAGUUUGAACAGCUGCCCGACCCCAUAUUUAUUGCCACUCUUUUUUAUUUCUCUAUAAAUCACUUUAAUUUCUUCACCUCUGUCACUGCACAUCUCUCUCUCUCUUCCCAUUUCUCUCUCACUGGAUCUUGUACUACGCUCUAUUUCUUACAUUAUAUAUCUAGGAUUGUGAUUCUUUUGGGAUGUUUCAUACUCAGAACUGAACUCUCCCUCCGUUUCUUACACUUACAAGAGGAGUCUAUCGGGGGAAGAAAGGGAAAGUGGGCCUGAUGGACGUAUCUACGGUUGUGAUGAUUUUGGCCUUCGUAGCAGCUUAUUUUGUGUGGUUCAGAUCGAUUACGAGGUCUUUGAAAGGGCCCAAGGGCCCUCGAUUGUGGCCCGUUUUGGGCAGUCUCCCGGGCCUGAUUGAGAACAACAGCCGUAUGCAUGAGUGGAUAGCCGAGAAUCUCCGGGCCUGCGGCGGCACUUACCAGACUUGCAUUUUCGCAGUUCCAUUUCUGGCCCGAAAACAGGGCCUCGUGACGGUCACGUGCGACCCCAAGAAUUUAGAGCACAUUUUGAAGGUUAGGUUCGAUAAUUACCCCAAAGGCCCCACCUGGCAAGCUGUGUUCCAUGAUUUGCUUGGGCAGGGCAUUUUCAAUUCUGAUGGUGACACGUGGCUCUUCCAGCGCAAGACUGCCGCACUAGAAUUCACCACCCGCACACUCAGGCAAGCCAUGGCUCGCUGGGUGAGCCGAGCUAUCAGGGAUCGAUUUUGUCCAAUUUUGAAAACGGCUCAGCUCGAAGGCAAGCCGGUCGAUCUCCAAGAUCUCUUGUUACGUCUCACUUUUGACAACAUAUGCGGCUUGGCUUUCGGGAAAGAUCCCCAGACUCUAUCCCCUGGCUUACCUGAGAACGGCUUCGCCUUGGCUUUCGAUCGAGCCACUGAAGCCUCAUUGCAACGCUUUAUUUUGCCUGAGUUCAUUUGGAAAUUCAAGAAAUGGCUCCGGCUUGGGAUGGAGCUCAACUUGAGCCACAGCCUAAAACACGUGGACGAUUACAUGACUAACAUAAUCAAUACACGUAAGCUCGAGCUGGUGAGUCAGCAUGACGGUGGGUCCCUACAUGAUGACUUAUUAUCCAGGUUCAUGAAGAAAAAGGAAUCAUACACCGAUGAAUUCCUCCAACAUGUUGCCCUAAACUUUAUCCUAGCCGGUCGGGACACGUCGUCUGUGGCGCUCAGCUGGUUCUUUUGGCUAGUGACCCUAAACCCUAAGGUGGAAGAGAAACUUCUAAUAGAACUCUGCUCGAUUUUAAUACAAUCUCGUGGUUGUGAUACCUCAAAAUGGCUCGACGAGCCCCUAGUGUUUGAAGAAGUUGACCGAUUGAUAUACCUUAAGGCAGCCCUGUCUGAGACUCUUAGGUUGUACCCAUCCGUGCCCGAAGACUCCAAACAUGUCAUUGCAGAUGAUGUCUUGCCGGAUGGUACAUUCGUGCCAGCCGGCUCAAAUAUCACCUACUCCAUCUACUCGACGGGCCGGAUGGAGUUCAUAUGGGGCGACGACUGUCUAGAAUUCAAGCCGGAGAGGUGGUUGUCAGAAGAUGGCAAGAAAUUUGAGGCUAGAGAUCAGUACCAAUUCGUGGCGUUUAACGCAGGGCCAAGGAUAUGCUUGGGGAAGGAUUUGGCUUAUUUGCAGAUGAAGUCGAUAGCGGCGGCGGUGCUGCUCCGGCACCGGCUGGUGGUGGCGGCGGGGCACAAGGUGGAGCAAAAAAUGUCAUUGACAUUGUUCAUGAAGGAUGGUCUUAAGGUGAAUGUGCAGGCAAGGGAGUUGGGACCAAUUUUGGACAAAAUUGGCGGCACGGGAAAGGCACGUGAGGGGCUGAUCACCAAUGGGAUUUCUCAUGCACAUGUGGAAGUGAUUAAUUAAUUAGGUAAUUAAUUAAAAUUGAGAGGUUUGAUUUGUGAAUAUGAUGCAUAAUAAUUAAUAGAUAUUAUUAUUAUUAUACAUGAUGGAUAUUCAGCUGUCUUAAUUAAUUUUAAUGAUUCAUUGAGAUAGAUGUAUACCUUAUUAAUUAAGACACUAAUUACUUACCAACUCCAAAAUUAACGUUGGUGAUUAGUUAAUUAGUGUCUUAAUUAAUGAUAAUUAAGGGGCUCUCACAAUGAAUCAACAAUUUGUUUCUUUUUCUUUUAAAUUUUAUGUCUCUCUUCCUUUGAAAUGAGAAUAAAAUUGUCGAAAUUCUAUGAAAUGAUUGGAUUACUGCACAUUAUCA